AUGGGGAAUGGAAUGAAUAAGAUCCUGCCCGGCCUGUACAUCGGCAACUUCAAAGAUGCCAGAGAUGCAGAACAAUUGAGUAAGAAUAAGGUGACAUAUAUUCUGUCAGUCCAUGAUAGUGCCAGGCCUGUGCUGGAGGGGGUUAAAUACCUGUGCACCCCAGCAGCAGAUUCACCGUCUCAAAACCUGACGAGACAUUUCAGAGAAAGCAUCAAAUUUAUCCACAAGUGCCAGCUGAAGGGAGAGGGCUGUCUUGUGCACUGCCUGGCCGGCGUCUCUAGGAGUGUGGCCCUGGUGACGGCGUACAUCAUGACCAUCACUGACUUUGGCUGGGAAGACGUCCUGCACACUGUGCGUGCAGGCAGGUCUUGUGCCAACCCCAACCUGGGCUUCCAGAGGCAGCUCCAGGAGUUUGAGGAGCAUGAAGUCCACCAGUAUCGGCAGUGGCUGAAGGAGGAAUAUGGAGAGAGCCCUUUGCAGGAUGCCGAAGAAGCCAAAACCAUUCUGGCCACUCCUGGAGUUCUGAAAUAUUUGGACUUCCUCAGAAGAGUGUGAUGUACGUGAAGUUGCUGAAAUAGUGGAAGGCCACAGUGUUUAGGCCCAUGCUGGCAAAAAGAACCUAGAGUUUAUUUUUAAGUACC